AUGAGUAAUAAUUCAAAAAGACGUAUUGAAACUGAUGUGAUGAAAUUAUUAAUGAGUGACCAUGAAGUUGAAUUGGUUAAUGACAACAUGCAAGAGUUUCACAUAAAGUUCUGUGGACCAAAGGACACACCAUAUGAAAAUGGUGUGUGGAGAUUACAUGUGGAGUUGCCUGACAAUUAUCCGUACAAAUCACCAAGUAUUGGGUUUGUGAAUAAAAUAUUCCAUCCAAAUAUAGACAUUGCAUCUGGGUCCAUCUGCUUAGAUGUUAUAAAUAGUACCUGGUCUCCAUUGUAUGAUCUGAUUAAUAUUGUUGAAUGGAUGAUACCUGGUUUAUUGAAAGAACCAAAUAGUAGUGAUCCAUUAAAUAAUGAAGCUGCCACUUUACAACUAAGAGAUAAAAAGUUAUACGAAGAGAAAAUAAAAGAGUAUAUAUCCAAAUAUGCCACAGAAGAAAAAUAUGACGCACAAUUUGGAGAUAAUAGCAGCAAUGAUAAUGAAAAUCAAGAAGAUGAGUUACGAACUGGUAGUAAUGGAGAAUUGAGUGAAGAGUUGAGUGAUAUUGAAAGUCUUUCUGAUGAAGAAGAUGACGAUGGAUCAUUAAGUGAUUUAAGUGACUUAUCAUCAGAUGAGGAAGAAACUAUUUAA